AUGGCUUAUGUUGGUGGUGCAUGGCGUACAUCAGGUUAUGUUUGGCGAAAAACGGAGAACGGUUGGAAAACAGUCGAUGCUACUCGUGUGACGAUGACAAACCCGAAAGAACAACCAUCUUUACCAGCAAAAACUGGAAAGAAUGAAAGUGAUGUAAAUCAGCCCACCCGUUACAUUUCAAUUUUCAGAAAUAGCCGAGAGCUCUCUUAUUAUCGUUCGCUUGGUGAUGUCAUGGACAAGUUAGAUUUAAAUGGAGCAUUGCACGAUUAUAGUCGAUUUCUAUACGUCUGUAAAAUUAUCCAAGAAAUUGUCGAACAUAAACUAUUAUCGCUUGGAAGUUCAUCUCUGACAUAUCUGUAUAAUUUGAUUGAUAACGCAGUAAAAUUAGCUUUACAGUGGCACGCUUUCAGGUUGCAUGUCAGGCGGUUAAUAAAUAUCACGGUGAAGAUAAUUGAGAAAGAAUACUAUCACUUAAUUGGCAGUUUAACUGUUUGGAAAGAUAGAUUAAAACAUCUCCGACAAUGUGAACUAAAGCUAACUAAUGAUGGGGUUAACAUUUCUUCGGAAAAUGAUCAUUUGCAAUUGAUGGAUAUUCCUGACGAUUGUCUUCAAUACAUUAUACUAUUUCUCUCUGAUCACCGAGACAUAAUAUCACUAUCGGGUGUGAAUAAGCGAUUGAAUUAUUUCACUAAUGAAUCGUACACUUGGAGAAAGCUUUGUCAGUAUCACUUCAGGAAAGAAGAGAUUGAAAAGUAUUCCGAAAAGGAUUACGAUUGGAAAAGUAUUUUUAAGAUCUUGUAUAAAAAAUAUGGAAUUCGACAAGACUCAGAAUGCAAACCUUUAUAUCUCUGUGAUCAAUGUGGAUUUGUUUAUUGGCAGAAAUAUGGACACCCUUGCUCAUCUAUAAUCGAUUUCGCCGGUGCUUGCACGCCUCUUACAGCAAGGAAACUAAUAAGUCUAUUUUCUACAUAA